CGGAUCUAUCCGUCGCCAUUACUGACUGGAAUGAGAGGGGAGGGGAUGACUCUCCGGUUACACGCAUACCACUCUUACUGCUAGAAAACCCCGAAAACAGUCGGUUCUGGAAAUUCGCAGACUGUUCCAAUCACACACGGAUAAAAAAGGAAACCUGGAUUUUAUUCUGGGACCGAAUCUGUGGAAAUCAAGGGAAAUAGUUGGAAUGCCACCUCCUGUCUAUGGUGUCGGGAGCUGGGAGCGACCAUGUUAGGAAGGUGAUAAGAGGGGAAAGAUCAUUCGUCCGGGACAGAUGAUCCACAUUAAGGACACAUCAGCUCAUUCACAGCGAGACAUGGAAAUGCACCUCCACUAGCAAAUGGAAGAACGUGCUUGCCUUGCCGGCAUACUCCGCUCUGCGUAACAAGCAAUGAGAGGGGCAGUAUAAUGGCCAAGAACAAGGAGUCCCGUCCGUCGUACGCUGUGAGCGUUGUCGGGCUCUCAGGCACAGAGAAAGAGAAAGGCAACUGUGGUGUAGGUAAAUCCUGCCUAUGCAACAGAUAUCUGCGCCCCAGCGCGGACUGCUACUACUCGGAGCACACUUCUGUGUUGAGCACAAUUGACUUUGGAGGGCGCGUGGUGAAUAAUGACCACUUCUUGUACUGGGGUGAAGUGUUUCAUCGAGGGGAUGAUGGCCUCGAGUGUAGAAUUCACGUCAUUGAGCAGACUGAAUUCAUCGAUGACCAGACCUUUUUGCCUCAUCGCAGCACAAAUUUGCAGCCCUAUACCAAACGGGCUGCAAAUACAAAACUUCAGUCCGCUGAAAAGCUCAUGUACAUUUGCACAGACCAGCUUGGUUUAGAACAGGAUUUUGAUCAGAAACAGAUGCCCGAUGGCAAGCUCAAUAUUGAUGGCUUUGUACUGUGUAUAGACAUAAGCAAAGGGUGCAAUAGAAAAUUUGACGAUCAGAUGAAAUUCGUUCACAGCCUUUAUUCUCAGAUUUCCAAGGCAAAAAAACCCAUGGUCAUCGCUGCGAUGAAAUGUGACGAGUGCGUCGAUCAAUACCUAAGGGAAGUCCAGUCGUUUGUCGCAGGUAAAAAGAAUGUUGUGCUGGUCGAGACGUCAGCUCGAGUGUCUGUUAAUGUUGACCUCUGUUUCAAUGCUCUGACACAGCAGAUGGACAAAACUCGAGGUAAACCCAAAAUAAUUUCUUAUUUGGAAGCUUACAAAGCCCAGAGACAAUUAGUAGCUUCAGUCUCAGACAAAUUUGAAAAGCUCAUUGUUCAGACUGUCAGAGAUUAUCACACAAACUGGAAAAUUGUGAGCAAUAAAUUGAAAAGCCAUCCAGACUAUGACGAGUACAUCAAUUUAGAAGGCACCAAAAAGGCAAGGAACACCUUUUCGAAGCACAUUGAACAGCUAAGACAAGAGCAUAUCAAAAGGCGGAGGGAGGAUUAUCUUACCAGCCUGCCAAAAAUUCUUAAUAAGUUGCUUAACAACCUCGAGGAAAUCGAGACUAUGAGUUGGACUGAGGCUCAGAACCUUAUAAAGAGCAGGCCUGAGUUCCAGUACUUUUUCAUUGAGUUGGAACAAACACCGUGGCAUGAGACCGACCACCUCAAUAAAACCGAUGACAGAAGAGUGCCCUUCGACAUCCUCAAAACCAUGGAAGGAGAGAGGAUUUAUCAAAACCACGUCCAGCAUUUGAAAUCCGAGAAGAGACGGUCGGAGAUGAAGGAGAAAUUCAAGAAGAUCUUGGAGCGAGUGCAUUUCAUUAGCCCCGGACAGCCAUGGGAAGAGGUCAUGUGUUUUGUCAUGGAGGACGAGGCGUACAAAUACAUCACUGAAUCAGAUCGCCGAGAUGUUUAUAGCCGGCACCAGCAGGAAAUUGUUGAACGGGCCAAAGAGGAGUUUCAGGAAAUGCUUUUUGAGCACGCAGAGCUGUUCUAUGACCUGGAUUUGAACGCCACUCCAAGCUGUAACAAAAUGAGUGAGAUUCAUGCUGUACUUAAUGAGGAGCCGAGAUACAGAGCUCUUCAGAAACUUGCCACGGACAGGGAGUCUCUUUUACUGAAACACAUUGGGUUUGUCUAUCACCCCACGAAAGAUACAUGCCUCAGCGGCACGGCCUGUGUGGAUCUGAAAGUCGAGCAAGUUCUCGCAAACAGGCUGGUUCAGCUGGAUCACGGCCGCUCGAAUAUUUACUACAAUAGUGCCAACAUCGAUAAAGUUAACCUUUGCCUCGUAGGCAGAGAAGGACUGGCACAGGAGCUUGCGAAUGAAAUCCGAGCUCAGUCUACUGAUGAUGAAUAUACCCUUGAUGGGAAAAUCUAUGAAUUAGAGCUUUUGCCUGUGGAUGUCAAUUCUGGCAUGCUUUUGAAUCAUUCCUGGAUAUCGACUUUCAAGCCCCAUGGGUUCUUUUGUGUCUUCAGCUCUAUAGAGUCGCUUAAUUAUAUUGGGGACCGUGUAAGCCGAAUCCGAGCCGAGAUUGCCCAGAGCAGAAGGGAUAGGUAUACUCAGCCAGUACCAUUCAUUCUUAUUCUAGCGAACCAGAGGGACAGUGUUUGCAAAAACAUGCCUAUUUUGAGGCAUCAGGGCCAACAGCUUGCGAAUAAGCUACAGUGUACAUUUAUAGAUAUACCUUCCAGCACUUUUCCAAGAAAGUUUAAUGAGUCUCAGAUAAAACAGGCCCUCAGAGCAGUGUUAGAAGGCUUCAAGCACAAUUUCGACAUGAUGAGCCCCAUGCAGUCCAUUAAAGAUUUAUCCGAGACGGACUUGCGGAUAGUCAUGUGUGCCAUGUGCGGAGAUCCGUUCAGCGUGGAUCUCAUUCUUUCACCAUUUCUGGACUCGCACUGUUGCAGUGCCGGACAGCCCGGGCAGAGCAACACUUUGAUUCUUGACAAAAUCAUUGGUGACAGCCGGCGACGCAUACAGGUCACUGUGCUCUCAUACCACUCCUCCAUCGGAAUUAGAAAGGACGAACUGGUACAUGGGUACAUUCUUGUUUACUCAGCAAAACGAAAGUCUUCCAUGGCAAUGCUGAGGGCGUUUUUGGCCGAGGUCCAGGAUGUCAUUCCCGUUCAAAUGGUGGCCAUUACGGACAGCCAGGCGGACUUCUUUGAGAAUGAGGCGAUAAAAGAACUGAUGACUGAGGGGGAGCACAUUGCCACAGAAAUCACAGCGAAAUUUACUGCGCUCUACUCCUUGUCCCAGUAUCACAGGCAGACAGAGGUUUUCACACCAUUUUUUAAUGAGGUUCUUGAGAAAAAGAGCAACAUCGAAAGCUCCUUCAUGUUUGAGAACAGCAGAGAUGGAACAAGCACCAGUGAAGACGUCUUCCCUCAGUCCCCUCAUAGACAUUCACCUGCCUACCAAUAUUACCCUGACUCUGAGGAUGAUGGGGAGGGACCACCACCUUAUAGUCCAAUAGGGGAUGACGUCCAGCUGCUGCCCAAUCCGAGCGAGCGCAAAUUCAAAAUCGACCUCGAAGGCAAUGAAUACCCAGUUCACAGCACACCUGUUGGAGACCAUGAACGCAAUCACAAAGUGCCUCCCCCAGUAAAACCUAAGCCAAACUUGCUGCCCAAACCCAAUGUUAAGAAGCUGGAUCCUAACCUUCUGAGGACCAUCGAGGCUGGAAUGAGGAGCUCCAGAUGGGUCCGCAGUCCCAUGAUGGUUCAUGGCGAUGACCUCGAAGCAUCAGACAACUAUGCAGAGCCCGUGGAUACACUCCUCAAAUCGAGGGGCUUCGCUGACGACAUAUAUGCCAUACCUGAAGAUGCACACAGCAGAUCUGGGAAGAGUCGUAACUCGUUUGGUGGACUCGCUCUGCAUGGGGAUGAGGAGAACGGCUUUGAUACCAUGUCUAAGUCUCAGAGUGGCAGAAGACCUUCGAAGUACAAACAUCGGUCCAAGAUCCUCUUUAGCAAAACGAAAGCUUAUCAUAGACGAGUACAUUCAGAUGUCAGUGAUGAUGAGGGUGGAGCUGCAACGCAGAAGAAGAAGAAAGGAAGGGGCAACAGGGGGAGUGAAGAGGACCCUCUUCUUUCACCAGUGGAUCCUUGGAAAGGAGGAAUAGACAAUCCAGCCAUCACAUCAGACCCAGAGCAGGAUGAUAAAAAAAUGAAGAAAAAGAAAGCACCAAAGAUCAAGGAACCCAAGAAGUCAAAAUCAACAAAGACCACAAAGCCACUGUACCCACCAACUCGACGAAACUGGGAGAGCAACUAUUUUGGGGUGCCUCUUCAGAACUUGGUCACUUUGGAAAGACCCAUUCCUUUGUUUAUCGAAAAGUGUGUUGAAUACAUUGAACGAACGGGUCUCACCACAGAGGGCCUUUAUCGAGUGAGCGGAAACAAGACGGAUCAAGACAACAUUCAGAAACAAUUUGACCAGGACCACAGUAUAGAUCUGGUUGUGAUGGAUGUAGCUGUGAACGCCGUGGCUGGGGCCCUGAAAGCCUUUUUCGCCGACCUUCCCGACCCCCUUAUACCGUACAGUCUCCAUCCAGAACUAGUGGAAGCAGCCAAAAUUGUAGAUUAUUACGAGAGGCUGCAGGUGCUUAAGGAAAUCGUGAGAAAAUUUUCUCCUAUAAACUACGAAGUUUUCAAAUACGUCAUCACUCACCUCAACAGGGUAAGUCAGCAGAGCAAGACCACACUGAUGACCGACAAUCUCUCCAUUUGUUUCUGGCCUACACUCAUGCGACCCGACUUUGAGAACAAGGACACACUUUCCACCACCAAACUCAACCAAUCCGUCAUCGAGACCUUCAUCCAGCAGUGCCAGUACUUCUUCUAUGGCGGUGACAUCACAGAGCCCUCCAGUGCUGAGGGAACCCCUCCUCCACACGGUCACGGCUUGGAGUCGCUGCUGGCCCUGCAACUUCCUCCACCACUCCAACCCCAGCAGAUCCUGCACCCGCUACCCCCCGAACCCCUCAUAUAGACCAUGCUUUUGACGUUCUGACUGCAAUGCGCGUGCGCCCUUGCGUGUAAAAAGUGAAUUAAAAAAGAUUUUGUACAAAGGAAAAUGUGACUGUUGCAUUAGACAUUUGUUUUUUCAGAAAUGUUUUUAUUUUCCCUUUUAUGCUUCUCGGCCAUACUGAAUAUGAAAUCAAAAUGUAAAAAAUGUCGAUGUAAAUUUGACACGACAAACAUGCACAUACACUAAAUUCAAACAUGGAUGUAAGGACGAUAUAUUUAUAUGACCUUUUUUGUUUGUCUGUUUGUUUGUAAAGACAAAGAAGUUGUCAAUCACUAAAAUCAACGCCACGCGCACGGCUUGUUUUUGUCUUUUUUGUUUUUAUCCUCUUUGUGUCAAUGGACUAAAGAGAUAUUUUUAGGAUAUUUUAUCUUAAAGACAGCAGGAGUUUAUGGGGGCUGGCAUUCCGAGGAUUUGCUCUACUUGGGAUGGAAUUAAAUAUCAGGGGCACCAGGAUGCACUUUGUCCUGCAGACGCUGGGCCCGUCGUGCCCUGGAAACCACAGAAGGGAAAGAGCCCACUGCAACCAUUUGGCACAUCUCAGAGAUCCAGGUGUUUGAAGAUUGCCUGGUUAUCUCCGUUUUGUUUAAUGUUUGUUUUUGUCUUGUUUCAGUUGCGUAGAACAUUUCCAUGGUUCUGUUUAUUCAUUUCCUGAACUGAACUUGCAUGUCAUUCUCCGCUUGUGAUAACUGAAAGAGUUCAAGUGGAGGAAAAAAAGUUAAAUGCUUUUAAUGCCAGUUUUUUAACUAACUUGUUUGAGGGAACAUUAAACUGGGGUUAAAUUGUUCUAGUCAUUCAGUUGUCAUGCCAUCAUUCGACCUUUAAUAUCAUAUUUUGGCAUUGUUUCCCUAAAAUAAGAAAUUAUAAAUAUCUCUUUAUAUACAGUAUAUAUAAACGUCAGCUUUGAGAGUUGACGAAACAAAAAUCACGGGGUACUGGAGCUCUGUAUAAUCUUGUAAAACCUAUAAUCAGAUUUCAUUGUGGUAUGAUGUAUUAAAAAUUCGGGUUUAGAUUCAUUGACUGUGUACUUAAUUCCCUAUAAAACUUUUUUUAUUAGAUGGUACUGAAUUUUGUUCCAUUGUAACAGAUGCUGUGUAGAAAGCUUGCAGUCUUUGUUUGGAAUACAGCACAACACAGAUGUUUAGUUUUGAGCGAGUGAUGCGGGAGUCUGAUUGUGAACGGAUGGGAACAGAAGCGAUAAGGUUUACGCCAAACCUUUCUAAGUUGAGAUUUAUAUCUUAAUCGAAUCAUUAAAACUGAGGAAAGGGCUCAAUAGGAGUGUGUGCCGCUGCUAGGAUCCCAUUAGUCUAGUUCGGAAAAAAAGGGCAACAUUGUUCAUAUGACUGCCUCAUAUGAUGUACAAACUAAAUAUUUUAACAUCAUCUGCUAUGUAUUAUAGUAAAUAAAUGAUUUUGACAAAUUG